AUGUCCAACUCUGAAGAUAUAAGGGGAUAUAAAUCGAAACACGGUAAGAGAAUUCGAACUGAAGUGAAAAGCGCUAAACACGCUCAUCGAACAUUUGGUUUACCAAGUGUUCAUUUGAAUUCUCCUUCGGAAUUUUUGAAAAAAAAGAGUCGUCUUUUGCCAGAAAAACAUGUGGCUCACGUUCAUUAUCAUCGACCAGAAUAUCAACACAAACUUCCAGAAUGGAAACCACUUAAAUUAUCAAGAAAAUCUGAUCUUGACGAUCUUCCCAAGGAUUCAACAAUUGUGGGACGAAUCAAUUUUAGAAAAGAAAAUAUUUUAAAAGUGAAAAAAUCUCAACCACCAGAACCAGUGCCAAGAACUGUUGAUUCGAGAUUUGGUGAUGCGCAAGAUUUAAGGACUUGUGGCUUAAUGCCAAUAUACGUAAAAAAGAAGUAUUUUGGCAAAAAGCCUCCGAAACCAAAGAAGGCUCCAAAAGUGAAACAAGUACGAGAAUUAAAACGAAAAACAGAUUUAAAAGAAGCCGAAAAUAUUGGUUCGGAAAAUGAGAGAAACAUUUCGAAACUAAAUCAACCUCCAGGUCGUUAUGUUACUGAAGAAGAAAGAGCAGAAUUGCUUCAUGGCAUGAAAAAAAAUUGGGAAGAAAUGAUGAAUCAAUUUCAGCGUUUACCAUUUUUAAUUGACACUCCACCAAAGGUGAAAAGGAAACUAAAAUUGGAAAAUAAUUUAAAACAACUCGAAAAAGACAUUGAAUUCAUCGAACGUCAUCCCUAUAUUUAUGUUUGUGAUGAUGAAGAAUAA